UCCUCUCGAGCGGGCAACACGACAACAUGGAUCUUUACUACUUGCCUUUGGUCAGCGCUUGUCGCACAGUUCUCAUGGUGGCCAAGGCCCUGAACCUUGACCUCAACAAAAAGAUCAUCAAUACUUUGAAGAAAGAGCAACUGAAUCCGGACUUUAUCAAGAUCAAUCCCCAGCACACCAUCCCCACUUUGGUGGACAAUGGAUUUACUCUUUGGGAGUCGCGUGCCGUCGCAGUUUACUUGAUUGAACAGUACGGAAAGGACGAUUCCCUUUACCCGAAGGAUCCCCAAAAGCAGGCAGUGAUCAACCAGCGUCUUUAUUUCGACAUGGGUUCCAUGUAUCCCUCCCUGGCCAACUACUACUACAAGAUUUUCUUUACCGGUCAGCCAGGCACUGAAGAGGAUUUUAAAAAGAUUCAGGAAACCUUUGAUUUCUUAAACACCUUCCUAGAGGGCCAGGACUACGUGGCUGGUGACCAGUACACCGUUGCCGAUAUUGCCAUUCUCUCCAGUGUCUCCACCUUCGAUGUUCUCGAGUUCGAUAUCAGCAAAUAUCCCAACGUGGCCAAGUGGUACGAAAGGGUCAAGAAGAUUACUCCUGGCUGGGAGGAAAACUGGCAAGGCGCGUUGGAUGUCGCAAUCAGUUCUGUUUUUCCUCUCCAACGAGAAGCACUCAAUAAUCACGAUUGCAAAAUGGAUUUCUACUACUCUCCCCGUGGAAGUGGAUGUCGCACCGUUGUCAUGGUUGCCAAGGCCCUGAAUUUGGAGCUGAACAAGAAGCAGUUGCGAAUCUCUGAGGGGGAGAACCUCAAGCCAGAGUUCCUUAAGCUUAAUCCCCAGCAUACGAUUCCCACCUUGGUCGAUAAUGGAUUCGCGAUCUGGGAAUCUCGCGCCAUUGCCGUGUAUCUGGUGGAGAAAUACGGCAAGGGCGACUCCCUGUUCCCUAAGGAUCCCCAGAAACGUGCGGUGAUCAAUCAGCGCCUGUACUUCGACAUGGGAACCCUGCACGACUCCUUUAUGAAGUACUACUAUCCCUUCAUCCGGUCUGGUAAACUGGGAACUCCCGAGGCCUUCCAGAAGGUCGAAGCUGCCUUUGAGUUCCUAAACACUUUCCUGGAGGGCCAGGAGUACGUGGCUGGCAACCAGUUCACCGUGGCCGACAUUGCCAUCCUGUCCAGCGUUUCCACUUUCGAAGUCGUUGAGUUCGACAUCGCCAAGUACCCAAAUGUGGCCAAGUGGUAUGCUCAUGCCAAAAACAUUACUCCCGGAUGGCAAGAAAACUGGGACGGCCUGUUGCAAAUGAAAACAAUGUACGAGGCUCAAAAAGCGAAGUAAAAGAAGAGUUACAUA